GGCGCGCUCGUCUUCGACGUCCGUACGGUCGCCGGGGAAAAGAGUUUUUCCCGCUAAAAAACCGUCGCGCGGAACCCCUGAUCGCGGGUUACGGAAACGACCGUCGAAACGGCUCGUCGCGUUCCGUCGGCACAAAGACGUCCGCUCGUCCGCAGUUCCCGCUCGUCGGUCGUCCGUCGCUGUCGCCGUCGCGCGCCGUUUCCCGUACGUCAACAUUCUCUCCACUCUCUCCCGCCCGGACGCGCAAAAUUUUCCACUCGCACCAGAUAAUAUAUUGUAAGGACAAUUAUUGAAUGCCUUAAGAUGGAUGCUCCUUCUAAUUCUACAGAAACUCGUAUGAUGACUAGGAGUGUAUUAGCUGAAAUACCAACUACACUUGAUCCACUUGGUCAUUUAUCUUUGACAUUAAGAGAAGGUAGUACUAACAGAAGAAUUGAUCAAAUUCCUAACAUUGUCAAUACAUACUUCAACUUUUCUUCAACUUAUAUAUCCCAAGAUGAAUUAGUCAUACAACAACGUGGACCUCGAAUUUCUCCAAUUGUCUUUAGUCCUGAUAUUGAUACCAUUAAACAAAAUGGGGAAGAAUCACAAACUGAUUCAGGUGAUCUCAAUAGAAGUUCGAUUACUUUGAGAAGUGCAUGCAAAAGAUUACAGUAUGAUUCACCUGAGUCACCUUCUCCCGAAACUGACCAAAUUAAUGGGGAAGAAUCACAAACUGUUUCAGAUGGUCUCAAUAAAAGUUCAAUCACUUUAAAAAACGAAUGCAAAAGUUUGCUGUAUGAUUCACCUGAGUCACUUUCUUCUGAAACUGAUCAAAUUAAUGGGGAAGAAUCACAAACUGAUUCAGGUGGUCUCAAUAGAAGUUUGAUUACUUUAAGAAGCGAAUGCAAAAGAUUGCUGUAUGAUUCACCUGAGUCUUCUUCUUCUGAAACUGAUCUAAUUAAUGGGGAAGUAUCACAAACUGAUUUGAGUGUUCUCAAUAAAAGUUCGAUUACUUUGAGAAGCGCUCGCAAAAGAUUGCUGUAUGAUUCACCUGAGCCGUCUUCUUCAGAGACACCCCAAAUUAAUGGUCCCGUUGCCAAAAAGCUCUGUAUUGAACCAAAGUGUGAACUUCCUGAAGAUAAUUGUUUAUUAUUAGCAAUGAAAGCAUUGACUUCAGUGCAGCUUAUUGGUAUUAUUGAACAAAUUGUCGAUGAUCAUCCUGAUGUUGAAAAGGAAAUCAAAGCUUAUUUUCCAAAGAUUGAUUUAAAAUCUCAUGAAGAUCGAAUUUGUUAUUUAAAGCGUAAUAUUUACAAGGCAUUACCAAGUUCUAGAUUGAUUUCAAAAAGAGAUUAUACUGCAUAUAAUAGAGUGUCUGCUCAUUUAAUGGAUUUUAAAAAAUAUGUCAUCGAUCAAGGUAGAUUAUUAGCUGAAAGUCAUCAAUGGAUAGCUGUCAUGGAUUAUGUAUUUAUGGCAUGGAAGCAUGUUAAAAAUACUCCAGUAUGGGAAAAUCCAUGCCAUAACGCUGCACGCAGACAAUGUUUUAAGUCAUUAGCAGAAUUAUGUAUGUAUGCUCUCAAGAACAUGAAGAACACAUUGAACCCAAAUCAAUGUGAAAACUAUAAAAAGCAACUGAAGUUCCUAUCUGAUGACCAUGAAGAGUUACUAUUAUGUUUAAAAUUCCUGAACACCGAAGUUAAAUUUGAUUGAUCACUGAUUAAAAUCUAUUCCAUUUGUUUUCAUUUGAUUAUUUGUGUUUGUUAAAUGUGUAUAGACAGUGAUUAGUUACACUUAAUUAUUUUAUCUGUAUAAAAAUUAUUAAUGUAACCCAAAUAAAUAAUUUUGACUGUA